GUUGUCAGUGACAGUUUCCGGAAAAUAUGAGGACCAGAAUCUGAAUGAGUCGCAGCCGGCGGAGUCGCUCCGGCAGUUCACCGCCUCUGCCAUUCUCCUUCUCGGUCUUGGCAUACGUGUCUGCGCUGCUGCUGCCUCUACCCAGACUCCGGCCAUCGCUGUUGCAGAUCGUCCAACAGUCAUUGAAGACCACAUAAUUCAAGGCAAUGAUGAUGUGGAAAAAUCUAGAACCAUGGAGAACAUUGAAGACAAGGAAUUGAACAAAGCAUUUGAGAAGUGGAAGUCUAAAACAUAUGCUUUGACAGUGCCCUUGAGAAUUGUUGCUUUGCGUGGCUCGAUACCUCCUUCAUGGGUCAAGGACUUCAUGCAAUCUCAAGGAAGGAGAGCGAUACUAUGUUCAGAGACAUGUGGAAGUCUCGACGACAUAUUUUCUGAUAUUUCUUCAUCUUUAACCAAAGGAAAGUUUGAUCGUAAAUCUGCUUUGGCAGCUGAUAUUGUUACUGUUGGUGAUUCUUGGCUCAAUUUUGCCAUUAAAAAGGGUCUAAUUGAGCCCCUACAAGGGGUGGAAGACCAAGAUUGGUUUAAAGGCUUAAGCGACAAAUGGAAGGUGUAUUUAUGCAGGAACAGUGAGGGAAACUUAGAUCCUGAAGGGAAAAUAUGGGCUGCUCCAUAUAGAUGGGGAAGCAUGGUGAUAGCUUACAAGAAAACCAAAUUUCAGAAGCAUAAUUUGGCUCCUAUAGAGGACUGGGCUGAUCUAUGGCGGCCUGAACUUGCUGGGAAAAUUUCAAUGGUUGAUUCUCCUAGAGAGGUUGUUGGUGCAGUGUUGAAGUGUAUGGGGGCAGCAUACAAUACAAACAACAUUGACGCUCAGGUUGUUGGAGGGAGAAAUGUUGUGCAGCAGAAGCUUGCACAGCUCAAAAAACAGGUUCGACUAUUCGACAGUGUGCACUAUCUGAAAGCAUUUGGAGUGGGAGAUGUAUGGGUGGCAGUUGGAUGGAGUAGUGAUGUUCUUCCUGCUGCCAAACGCAUGUCAAAUGUCUCAGUAAUUGUUCCAAAAUCUGGAGCUAGUUUGUGGGCAGAUCUGUGGGCAAUUCCAGCUGCUUCAAGAUUAACUACAAAUCAAAAUAAAAUUGGGGGACGAGUAAGGGGGCCAUCUCCGCUAGUGGAACAAUGGAUAGAGUUCUGUUUGCAGGCUGGUAGGGCAGUGCCUUUCCAACAGGAGGUAAUCCCAGGUGCAUCUCCCUCUGCCCUUGAGAGUGACCGUGCCCGUGCCCGUGCCCGUGUUGAAGAGGAAGAGUCUAAAGAGCUUACAACAGCCAAGAAGGGCAAGCCAAAGCUAGACACAAAUCUCAUUGAUGGAGUACCCCCACCUGAGAUUUUGGAUCAGUGUGAGUUUCUGGUGCCAUUAUCAGAUGCUGCAUUGGCUGAUUAUCAGUGGUUAAUUGCUAGUAUGCAGAAGCCUCACCUUCAUUAUAAUGGUUUGAUUCAUAGAAUGCAGCAUUUUAUCUUUUCUAUCAUUCAAACUCUAUGGCCGAAAAAGAUGCGCAGUCAAAGCUAACAUCUUGAGAGUUUACCUGGUUGUUGUAUUACGAAAGCUCUGAUGCACACCACCGGUUAUACCUAAACUUUAGCUGUUAUUAAGAAAGAUCAUUUUAGCAGAGCUUAGAACGGGUACUAAUGAGGCUUUGGGAGGCUAAAUGGUAAAUUCAGGUGUAAUUUCUUAACAUGUGUGUGGUAGUCUCGCAUGGUGAAAUGUAUUAUGUGGAUAUAUGUCAUGGAUGGUAUAUUUAAAUAAAUAAAAAAAAAAGAAAAUCUUAAAAUCUCUCCUGACCGGCAAA